CUCUCCUCUCUUUCUCUCGUCCCAAACAACUCUCUUUCCUUUUCUUUCAUAAAAAUACAGAGAAAGAAAGAAUCUCUCUCUUUCUUUAUACAAAAUCUUAAAGCAUGGAACAAAAUCUACCAUUGAUAGCCAAAAGAGUAUGGGAAACCGUACGUGUCAUCUACUUCAUGCUAAGAAAAGGCAUAUCAAAGAGGAAGCUACUUCUUGAUCUUAAUUUGAUGCUUAAACGCAGCAAUAGCAAGAUUGCAACCAAAGCCAAAGCCAUCGGUAACCUUAUGUUCCACCACCACAGCAACCACCACGAUAACCACCGAGAUGUAUUCUCAUUCACUGGACCACUACAUGAGUACGAGUUCAGCUGCAGUAACACUCCCAUGUACUCACUUCCCUUCCAAGUAAACAAACGCCGCCACCACCACCAUAACAAUUUCUUCUCGUGUGCAUUUCACGCGCCCCCAACUCUUGACGACGAUGUCACUGCCGCGAACGCUGUGAAGCUGGCUUUGGAGAUGUUAAAUAAUAACAAUGAGGGUAUGGUGGAGGCGUCUCCUAUGUUGCCGGGGUUUGGACGGAGUCCAAUGGUGAGGCAGUUGAGGAUAACGGACUCGCCGUUUCCGUUAAGAGACGUUGAUGAUGAUAAUGGUAUCGUGGACAAGAAAGCUGAAGAGUUCAUAGAGAGGUUCUAUAAAGAACUAAGGCAACAACGGAAAUGAGAGAUUGGCCAAGCAAUUUGGAUGGUGUUGUUAAUUAAGGUUAAUUAAUUGUGAUCGGUACUGUUAAUUGUUGUUCUUCUUGUUGUUGAUGACAUAAUUAACAAUAAAAGAGUUUGCAUGAAAUUGAAAUUAAGCUUGUAAUUAAGCAACAUCAAAUUGAGGUGUAUAUUACAGGGAAUUAAGCUUUGAGUUCUUAUAUC